AUGGCUAUUCACGAAUAUACAAAAAUCGAAGGCUCGUUCGCCGUUCUCUCCUUCUGGGUCGAUCCUCAAGGCGAUGGAGAGAUCCAUGUUGAUUUUGGGGACCGUCUUUUGGUGGGGGCACCUGAAGGCGACCCAUUGGCGAGCUUUACAGACCAUCGACCCUUGCGGUGGGAAGGGCUCAGUGAGGACUUCGGGUCGGCGGCGCGUGCCCGGCUCGCCGAAUGUGAGCACUCGCACGUCGCGUGCAAGCCCUCGGGGCCUGCUCCCCUCCCCACCCGAGUGCUACGCAUCAUACCGCAGCAGUCCUCCUCUUGGCCUCGGGUCCGCCUCUUUGUCCCGCCUCGGGACGGUCCCUUGCGGAGAUACGCCUGUCUCAGCUAUUGCUGGGGCGGCGAACAAGACGUCAAGCUUACCAAGGCCAACAUUCACGCGCUGCAAACCAACGAUCUUGAUAUGGUCACGCUUCCCCUGACGCUGAGGGACGCCAUCAUGACAGCUCAGUGUCUCGGCAUAAGCUAUCUCUGGAUCGAUGCGCUCUGCAUCGUCCAGGACGAUGAGGACGACAAGCAACGGGAGCUGGCACACAUGGGCUCCAUCUAUUCUCGCUGCGCAGUCUGCAUCUCGGCUGCCACCGGCGAGUCUGUGCACGACGGGUUUCUCAAGCCGGCGCAUCGGCCCAACAAGCUACGUCCCAUGUGCCGAAUCACGCUGCCGCCUAGCCUCAACGACGAGUUCCAUGGGAUUCUAAUUCUCAGCCCUUUUCAGUUUCAAGAGAGCGAAGAGUUCGCCAUCAACAAGCGCGGCUGGACCUACCAGGAAGCGCUUUUGGCCCCGCGCACGCUCAUGUUCGGAGAUAUAGAACCGCUCCUGCGGUGCAGAACUGAAGACGCUAUCCAGAUCCACUAUUCGGGCUUCAUGUACUACAGCGACCCGCUUUCGCCACACAUAGUCACGAAUACCAACGUCAACCAUUACGCCGUUGAAAAGAUCAAGGACAUGUAUCUAGCCAUGUGGCCCGAUCUCGUUUCCCAGUACACCCGUCGCCGAUUGACUGUCGACAGGGACAAGCCGGUUGCGAUUCAAGGGGUCAUCGACUUUCUCGCCCAGAAAAUGGACGACAAAUGCUACCACGGCAUUUGGGCCUCUUCUCCGUCGACCCUCCUAUGGACUUCAUCCGAAUCUAUUUCAAUUGAACGCGGAGCCUCCAUACGCAAUCCAAGUGUCCCGACCUGGAGCUGGAUGUGUGUUGCCGGCACGAACCGCAUCGUUGAGGCAGCUGAAAUAAUCAAGGGCUCGUUGGAGGCCAAGGUCAGGUUCGAGGCCAGCGAUGGUAGCCCAUCUGUCUGUAGCCGACUCCACGUCACCUGCCGCAUCCUCACCGCUGCCGAGGUCAAGCGCGCCCACGCUUUCAUGAACUUCGAGCCCGACAUCCCCCUUGACUGGGCAUCCGAAACAGACCUGCAGUGGCUGGCACGCAACGAAUUGCGAAAUAAGCUACGAGACAUCCUUCCCGAGAAAAACAUUGGAAAACUACCACUAGCAGAUACCGAGUGUCCAGAAAUGGUCACCCAGAUCCCUCAACCAAGCGUGUUGUCUGGUGGCGGCGGCGGGCCUACACAGCCUUCGCGGACCCCCCCGCUACGUCUGCUGCUCUUUGCCAGUCGAGUCGGGAUGGGCGUACGGCUCAUCGACCGGCCACGCGGUCAUGAAUACGCCGGCGGCCGCGUCCCUGGCGGCGUCGACAGCCGUGUAGGGGCUAUCGUUUGGGGCAGCGGCCCGGCCCCUCCCGCACAUCCUUCGGCGGCGGUCGUUGGUGGGCCCGACAGGAAGCCCAAGGGCCCGCCCUGCUCCUCGGCGGCGGCGGCGGCUACCUUGUCAGACUUCUUCUUCAUGUCUUUGGACGGCAGCCUGGGAGGAGUGGCGGGCUUCAUGGGGCUCGCUUCGUCUCCGAGCGAUAAGAUGGAAGGACGUUUCUCGCACAUAGAGCAGGUGAGCCAUGCCCGGCUGGCACCGGAGGAUGCGACGCGUGCCGUCAUUCCUCAGUUUUCCUUAGCCCUGCAGGAGGAGCCCGACGCCGAGAUGCUUGUCUGGGUGUGUGGGUUGGUACCCAAGCCGUUGUGA